UCUAUAAAUCUCUCUCUUUCUCUCCCUCCCUCUCUCUCUCUCUCUAUAUAUAUAUUGCAGGGUGAAGCUAUUAACUACUAUUUAACCACCAGCUGCCCCAGAAAAAAGAAGAGAAGAGAAGGAAAGAAAAAAAAAAAAAAAAGAUUGCAGUAGUGAGAUACGCUGGCAAUGGAAUGAUCUAUGAUGAUGGGUAGUCGGCUUUCGCCAUUAACAGAGGAACCCAUCAUCAACGAAUUAGAGGAGAGCAGCAGCACUAGUAGCAGCUCCAAGAAAGCUCAAACAUGGCGUAACUGGCUCAAGUCCCUCCUCUUCUCCAAGAAACAUUCUCAUCUCAAGAUCCUCCUGAGCGUCCUCGCCUGCCCCCUCUUCCCCGUCUCUCUCCAUGAUUCCAACAUCAAUAUUAACCAACCUUCCUUCUCCCAGCAGGUCUCAUCCUCGGCGGAGUACAUAAUACAGCAUUUCACGGCCGCGACGGCCUGCCGGAAACUGGAAGGGACGGUGAAGAACAUGUACGCAACCGGAAAGGUGACGAUGGGCAUGGUUGACGAGCUGGGGUCCGCGGGCGGAGCAGCCGCCGUUGCCCACAAGGGGUGCUUCGUGAUGUGGCAGAUGGUGCCUGACAAGUGGCUGAUUGAGCUGGUUGUGGGCGGGCAUAAGGUUGUAGCCGGCAGCGAUGGGAAUCUGGCUUGGCGACACACCCCUUGGCUGGGCGCUCACGCUGCCAAAGGCGGGGUUCGCCCUCUCCGGCGUACCUUUCAGGGACUGGACCCUCUGGCUGUAUCAAGCGUCUUCUCCCAAGCACAAUACGUGGGCGAGAAACGGAUGAUGGGCGUGGAUUGCUUCGUGUUGAAGCUGUCUGCCGAUCAGACGGACCUGGUUGAUCGCAGCGACAACACCGCCGAGAUGAUCAAGCACGUCAUGUUCGGAUACUUCAGCCAAAGAAGCGGCUUGUUGGUGUACCUAGAGGACUCUUACUUGACCAGGAUCCAGUCCCCGGGGGCCUAUCCCACCUACUGGGAGACCAGCAUGGGCACCAAGAUCGACGACUAUCGGGCGGUGGAGGAGGGCGUCAUGAUCUCUCACUCCGGCCACUCCACCGUCAUCAUCACGAGGUUCGGUGAUAACCCCAAGGCCGUCACCCGAAUGGAGGAGGCUUGGGUGAUCGAUGAUCUAGCGUUUAACGUGGCGGGACUGUCGAUCGAUUGCUUCAUUCCGCCGGAAGAGGUGCAGAAAGAGUACCCAGAGGAGUCGCUAGUAUGGCGGUCGCCGCUGCAUCUGUGAUUUUGAUCGAUUGGUUGAUGAUGAAGCCUGAAGAUUUUCUUCACCUCGAAUUAAUAUUAGGUUCAGUUUGUAGUCGUCUGCACUGCAGUGACUUUGACUUGCUUGUUAACCCUCCCGUCCUUUCUUUUAAUCCAAAAGCUUAAGAUAAAAAGGAAAAUAAGUCCCCUCUCCUAUUCGUACAGAAGUAUUAUAUCUCGCGAUAUUUAUUCAACCGAUUCUCUCUCUCUCUCCCCUUCCUUCGCGAUAUUUAUUCAACUGAUUCUCUCUCUCUCUCCCCUUCCUUCGCUGAAUCGAUCACCCGCCGCCAUUCUUCGUCUUACCUUCUCUUGUCGCUACAAUCUCUGUCGCGUUGCCUCUACCACGUUAUCUCUACCACCUUGCCCCUUCGCAUCUACCGUCUCAUCGCUAUUCGCCUUUGUAGCGCCAUUGCCGCCUCCUCUCGUCUUACUGUCUUGUCGUUAAGGCCAACGGUGUGAAAAGGAGAACGAGAGAGAGAUAGAGAUAAAGAGAGAGAGAUGAUAUUGGAUAGAUAAAAACUUCUCCUUUUUUUUUAUCUUAUUAUUAUUAUGGAUAGAAUCAUAAUUUAACCUAAUUCUAAAUCUAAAUGUAUUUACAUUUUAGACUACCAAGAGGCUAAAUAAUAUAUAGUUCUAUUGGAUCCAAUCUUC